AUGAGUAGCCAUUUACCGCACGAUUACGGACCCAACACACUUGCGAUAGGAUAUCACAAUAAGUUCCAUUACGACCAGUGCACGUCUACUACGGACCUCCAUUAUUUCUACCCCAGCUUGCGGAAGCAACCCGAGAAAUGCACCGCCAGUGUGCAAAUCGACACGCCCGUUGGCAAUACCGUUUGCCAUUACGAAGUGGUAUGCGGCAGGCCGUGCUAUUGCACCGUGGCGAACGGGACCGACAAGAACGCAGUGUCCAAGACUGGUACGAGCCACGAACAGAUAUGCCGGUGCAUGUCCGUUGACAAUGUUCAGGGCCCGAAGGUCGAGUGCGAGUGUUCCUCUCGUCGCGCGACCUCAGACAAGAUGCCGCCUACGUGCAAAGAUCAGGCGAGCGGUCCACGCGAGUUAAUAAACAACCCAUCGACCAAUAGACAGAACCAAACGGAUCAGUCCGAUGGCACGAAGCGCCGUAAGGCGAAGCCGAGAAAACUAAGAGGCAAAAGAUCGCCGAUUAAGAUAAUUGGAGUGUGCGAAGGUGGCUGUUGCUGCAGCAGCUCCUAUACCACGGAGGGGGAGUUC